AUGGGCAACCCAGAUUUGGACUUUGAACCCUCCGAGGUCGCCAACGCCAUGCAGCUACGAACCAGAAAACACCAGAAAUUCGACGACGUCGAGAAGCAGCUCGUCAACCCCAAGGCAUCCGCCCCGUACCAAUUCUCCGUCAGUAAUGUCCUCAACGAGAUAAGCACCUGGAACCCCUUCGCCAAGGCCAUCGUCAAGGGCGACGUCGUCUGGCUCUUCGACAACACCGCCUUCAAGGCCGCCGAGCACGAGCCGUGGCAGGCCGAGUUCAUCAUGGCCGUGUUUGAGAACGAGCCCAAGUGCGCGGUCGCCGACAUUGUCGCGGGCAUCGCGGGCGCCAUUGGAUUGGCUGACGAUGCGGAGGAGCGCAAGACUAUUGAGGAGAGGUUGUUGCCAUUCUUGUGGGACAUUCAGGCGGCGAGGACGACGACGGUGUCGCAGGGGGAUUUGGAGCUGAAGUUGGGGCCGAGUGGCUUUAAUGGCAUUUCGACGAAUGUUUUGAAGUUGCUGCAUAACAGCAAGGCGUCGUUUACUACCAAGAAGACCACGUUGGAUAUUGAGGGUGUGAGCGGUGUUUUGAGCAUGGAGACUCAUUUUGCAGCUCCUGAGGGUUGGGGAAUCAUAUCUGAUAUUGACGACACAAUCAAAAUCACAACAACCAGUGACCCCGUCGGCAUCCUCAAAGAGACAUUCAUCAACGCCCCAUCCCCAGUCCCAGGAAUGCCUGAGCUCUACGCAGGCAUCAAGUCGUUUCUCCCCCACAACACGCCGUGGUUCUACCUCUCUGCAUCCCCUUACAACCUGUAUCCUUUCCUCAAGGGCUUCCGGGACACGUACUACCCCCCCGGAACCUUUAUCUUGCGGGAUUCUAGCUGGAAGACCGUGUCCGGACUUUUGUCUUCGCUAACGAUGGGCACGGAGGAGUACAAGUCUGACCCCGAGGCCUACGGCGAGAUUUAUCGAACGUUCCCUGGCUGGAUCAGAAUGAUUUUCAUCCGCAAGGAUACCAAUUCGGCUUCCUUUGGUCUCGCGGAAAAGAAUGAGCCGCAGAGGUUCGAAAAGGCGUUUACGGGUAUCCCCAGAGAUGCCUGGCACGUCUUUGAGGACCCAGACGAGUGUUUGGAUCUGGUGAAGAAGGCCGUCCAGAGGAAUUCAUAA